GUUCGAAACCUCCUGCGCGUAUCACGUGGUGGAAAGGCAGUACACAGUUAACAACAGCAACAGAAAUUAUUCCCGUGCAUGGCAACGCUACCUUAAGCAUAUUGACGUUUAUGCCGUCUCGAUGGGACAAUGGAAAAUACCUUUCUUGCCGUGUGGAUAAUCCAUUUGUUCGUGACAGUGCCUUGGAAGAUGGCCUGACUCUAAACGUAACCUAUGUUCCAGUGGUUACAUUAUCUGUGGGAGGCGAGCAUAAAAAUCACGUUGUACACGAAUCAGAUGAUGUGUUUUUGAACUGUGAUUUUCAAGCCAACCCCAGAGUCAGUACAGUCCAGUGGUACUUCCAGGAUGAAGAAAUUUCUGGCGAUCCGGAAAUGGGAAUCGUCCUCAGUAAUCAGACUCUUCUGCUGUUUGACAUCAAAAAAGAAAGGAGAGGAUUGUAUAGUUGUGACGCUACAAACACGGAAGGUCGUGGACGAAGCUUGGACAUUGAGCUGAACAUAAAAUACAAACCCGAAUGUGUAGCGGAACAGAAGCAGACUUACUACGCUACCACUGGCGAGAUUGUCGAAGUAUUCUGUCUUGUCACUGCUGACCCUCCAGAAGUUACUUUCACCUGGAUGUUUAAUAACUCGAAGCAUCAUAGAGAACUACUGUCUUUUGUAAGUAGCGGAACACAUAGCAUUGCUAAAGUCAGGCUUGAGCGGAAAGAAGAUUUCGGUACUUUGACAUGUAAAGCGAAAAACCUCGUGGGUAUACAGGAAGAACCUUGUCGUUACGUUCUGGUUCAAGUAUAUCCUCCAGAUCCAGUCACUAACUGCACCGUUAUCAAUAGUACCGAACAUGACUUAAUCUUAGAUUGUUUACCGGGACACAAUGGUGGCCUUCAUCAGGAGUUCCACCUUGAAGUUUACGACUCGGGAGACAGAUCCCUUCAGAUUAAUAUAACAAACGAUACUGGCCCCGUCUUUCAUCUAGCUACAUUGUCCUCUGGAGGAGAGUUUAUUCUACUAGUAUAUAGCGCAAAUUCCAAAGGACAAAGUGUCCCAGUCCAAAUCAUAGCGGAAAUGCCAGUUGCUACCCAUUGGAAGCAAGGUCGUUCUGCCACCUCAGCAUUUAGACCACUUCUAGGUGCCGUUCUCAGCUUUGUGAUGCUGCUACUUCUUAUUUUAUUGUGUGUCGUCAUCUUUGUUCAUGUCAAGAGGUUUCGAAGACAGAAAGGUUCGGCACGAUCCUGCCAUACGGAUGAGCAAACUUCUCACAUCAGUUCACAAAAAUCUAGCUCCAAAGAUGGAACAUCGAGCGAUCCUGAUAUCAUUCCAAUGCAUGAAGAUCCUUCUCAAACGUUUAUAACCUCACUGAAUAUCUUACCGGAUCAAGAGAAAAGAAAGGACCACGGUGUGAACGUUACCUCAUCUGUAGCUGUUGUUAAUCAAAGCCCAAAAGAAUUCGUUACUUCCCAUCGCAACUGCAUGAAUCGAGAACUUUUAACAUCGGCUUCUUUGAUCAACCACCAUCCACGGUUUUCAGGAAACACAAAAAACUUCAACAAAUGCUCAAUCCAAAAUGAAGACGAGUUAAAACACUUUGUGGGAGAACUUCAGGUUACCGAGGGAGAUACACAAGUGUCAACAACCGUUUAAGGGAUAUAUAAAGUGUAAUUUAAUUAGAGAAAGACAUUUGAACUCAGUGAACAGAAAGUUGUGAAUGAGUUUCCAUGAUAUCGGUACUCCGUGCCUUCUAUUACUUGUGAUUUUUAAUAAGGUCAUCCAGUUGUUAAAAAACACAAUAGUUGAUGGCUUUCAGAAGGUUUUAUAUGAAUAUUACUUUUAUUCUUCAAAAAAUAAAAAUAGAAGGUUUCCCUUUUUAGUAAUA